AUGGAUGCUGCCAAUGAAUCUUCAGAGGAUGCCCCAUUCAUUUUAUUAGGACUGACCACUAACCCCAGACAGCGUCAACCUCUCUUUGUAUUAUUCUUGAUCCUAUAUGUGGCAGGCAUCCUGGGUAAUGGACUUAUUGUGGCCGCCAUCCGGGCCAGUCCAACUCUUCAUGCACCCAUGUACUUCCUGCUCGCCCAUCUGUCCUUUGCUGACCUCUGCUUUACCUCUGUCACUGUGCCCAAGAUGUUAGCCAAUUUGUUAGUCCAGGACAGCUCCAUCUCCCUUGCUGGCUGCCUCACCCAGAUGUACUUCUUCUUUGCCUUGGGGGUGACUGACAGUUGUCUCCUGGCCACCAUGGCCUAUGACCGCUACGUAGCCAUCCGGCACCCCCUCCACUAUGCUACAAGGAUGUCUCGGUCUGUGUGCACAGGCCUGGUGGGGACUGCCUGGCUGGUGUCCCAUGCCCACUCCCUCCUGCAUAUCCUGCUCAUGGCCCGCCUAUCCUUCUGCGCCUCCCACCAAGUGCCCCACUUCUUCUGUGACCACCAGCCUCUUCUACGACUCUCAUGCUCUGACACCCGCCACAUCCAGCUGCUCAUCUUCACUGAGGGUGCCUCUGUGUUGGUCACUCCCUUCCUGCUCAUUCUAGCCUCCUAUGGGGCCAUCGCCGUUGCAGUGUUCCGGCUACCCUCAGCCUCUGGGAGGCUCAGGGCUGUGUCUACCUGUGGCUCCCACCUGGCUGUCGUCAGCCUAUUCUAUGGGACGGUGAUUGCAGUCUACUUCCAGCCCACAUCCCGGUAUGAGGCAGAACGAGGUCGUGUGGCCACAGUCAUGUACACUGUAGUCACUCCCAUGUUGAACCCUGUCAUCUACAGCCUCCGGAACCGUGAUGUACAGGGGGCACUCCGAGGCCUCCUGACUGGACGAAAGAUCUCAGCCAGUGGCUCCUGA